GCGUCAUAUCGGGCGAAGACGAUGGAAGCGCUCCGGUGUGCGACCUUGAGCGGGAUCCAGACGCUCGUCCAUGUCUUCCGCCGCCACUACAAGUUCCUCAAGGUCAAGUCGGGCCAAGUGACCGCGCUCGCGAGCCUCCGAGCGCAAGUGCAGCAAUGGACCGACCCGCACGACUUUGAGCCACAAACCGUGCUUCGCCCGUUCCUCGACAUCAUCCGCAAUGAGAACACGACAGGGCCGCUCACACGCUCGGCCAUGGAGGCGGUCUGCUCGAUCUUGCAUGUGUACGACGAGAAUGCAACCUUGCAUGGGAUCCCGAUGCAGCAUGCGCUCGCCGACGUCCUCGACGCGGUCACGCAGUGUCGCUUCCAGGAGACGGAGCCCAACAGCGACCAGUAUGUGCUCCUGACCGUCGUGCGCGUGCUCGACAUGGUCUUGCAGUGCCGGGCCGCGGCGACGCUCACGGACGACACGAUCUGGCAUGUCGUCGAAGCGCUGUUCGCGAUCGCGCGCUCCAAAGACACGCGCAUCUCGGGCGUCAUCCGCGGCGUCGCGACCGACAGCCUCCAGCGCAUGAUGCACAUCAUCUUUGACCCAACAAUGUUGCCGCAAGCGCCGUCGCGGUCGUUUGGCCUACCAUGCGCGGUCAAGGUGCUCGGCUUUCUCUGCCAAAAGAUUCAGCCCACGUCCAAGAGCUCCGAGCGCGAGCUGUUGCUGUCGCUGCAGCUGCUCCAAAGCAUCCUCCUCAAGCUCGGCAACCACUUGCGAGACGUCCCGGCCUUGCUCUCCUACGCCCAAGACGAGCUCUGCGGUGCAAUUCUCAACUGGCUUCGCCUCGGAUCGUCGCCGUCGUCGGGCAGCAUUGACGUCCCUCUGGCAUGUCUCACGGUCCUGCGGCUCGUGUGGUGCUACCUCCGCCCCGUCCUCAAGCUCCAGUGGGAAGUGAUGCUCAUGGGCCUCAUCCCCGGCAUUGUCGACCGCCGCUUGGCGCUCGAGUGGCGCCUCGAGCUGCUACAGUGCCUCGUGGACUUCCUCGCUGACGCGUCGUUCGUCAUCGAUGUGUUUGUCCAAUACGAUUGCGACAGUGACCGCUCCAACGUGCUCGAACUGCUCCUCUCGACGCUCACGUCGCUCGUCAAGCCGUCCGUGCCCAUCUCGGACGCCAACGACUUUGUCGAUAUGGUCGACGAGCCCGAAAUGGCCGACGUCGCGCUCCAGGGCUUUUGGAACCUCCUGCACGUGCUGCACAUGCGCACGCGAACCGAAUUCGACCUGAUUGUCGGGCCGGCCGUCGAAGCGUCCGAGAACGUUCUCGCCCGGCGGGAGCGCAAGAAGCGAUUCCAGGAAGCCAUCGCUGCCUUCAACGCCAAGCCCCUCACCGGCAUUAGCCUGCUUGAGGCCCACGGCUUUUUGCCGUCGCCAACCGACGCGUCGUCCCUCGCACGCUUGCUACGGUCGCUGCCGCCGGGCCUCGACAAGAACUGCGUGGGUCAGUACCUCGGGACGAUGGGCAAGGCGGGCGGCGCCUUGACCGACACGAUCGAGUUCCACCAAGAGCUGUUGCCGGCGUACGUGGCCGCGUUUGACUUUGAUGACGUGUACCUUGUCGACGCGCUGCGCAUGUUUCUCUCGUCGUUUCGGCUGCCGGGCGAAGCGCAGCAGAUCGACCGCAUCCUCGAGUGCUUCUCCAAGCAAGCGUUUGCGCAGUGCAAGGAGCGGACGCUCUUUGGCACGUCCGUUGACGUCCCGUACCUUCUCUCGUUCUCGAUCAUCAUGCUGCAGACCGACCUCCACAACACCAACAUUCGUGACGACCGCAAAAUGUCACUGGCCGACUUUCUCAAAAACAACCUCAACUACGGCCUGGACGGUGCGAGUCCGCUCCCGGAAGAGUACUUGACGUCCAUCUACCACGCGAUCCGCACGCGGCCACUGCGCACGUGCGACGAUGCGGACGAGGUCACGUCCGAGCGCUGGGCCGACCUCCAGCGCAGCGACGGCGAUCGAACGCUCCAGUCGUAUGUCCACACGCCCGAGUACGACGCGCAUGUGUUGGACUUUGUCGCGCACGAGUUUGUGCUGCCAUUGAUGGCGAGUCUGGACGGGGCUUCGAUCCCCGACGCGCUCACGCAUCUCGUGGCGAUGGCCGAGACAGCUGCCUCGCUGCACGCACCGUCGGUGCUCAUGGCGGUCGUCACGCGUCUCGGCGAGUACUCGACGCUGUGCGAGACCCCGGACGACGAAGCGCUCGAGGCCGUGGUGUAUACGUUUUGCAACGACCCAGUGGCGUCGAGCGCGACGCUGGGGCUGCUGCAGCUGUGGCAGUCGUGCCACAUGUCGUUUGACUCUUCGGCGUGGACGUGGUUCCUCUCAGCCUUGGCUCGGCUGCGCGAGUACCAUCUCUUGCCGACAUCUUUCCUGCAAGACCGGCGGUCGGGGCUCUCGACAGAAUCGCGCGCCGCGUAUCUCGAGACGACUCGGGCUGCGGCCAAGCGCAAGGCCGCCAAGCACGCCGGUCGGUCAACGUCGGCGCCACCGUCCGGCUUCUUCACGAGCGUCUCUCGAUUCUUUGCGCUCGAGCCGCUCUCGGCGCCGUCGUCGCCGGCCCACGUGGCGUCGUCGCUGCUGCUCGUCUCGGCGCGCCAAGUGGAGAUCGACGACCUCUUCUUCCCGCCCACGACCGACGAGACGGACGUGUUGCCUAUGGUGACUCAGCCGUGGAUCGACGAGUACUACCGCCAGUGCCCGAUCGCGCUCGAUUUUUACGACCGCAUGGCGUCCUUGCCCGUGUUGGAUGCGUUCUUGGAGGCGGCGUGCACGGCGAUCGAGCGCGUCGUGCUGCCGCCGGCCAAGGCGAAAGCGUCGCCCGCGGUGCUGAGCCCGGGCGGCGCCAUCUUUCUCGAGCAAAUCGCAAUGCGCGUCAUCGCAGCGAGUCACCCGCGCGUCAUCACGCACGUCGACGCGGUCGUCCAUGCGCUCGACCCGUUCAUCCGAGGCAACCUCGUGGUGCAGUCCAUGGGGUACGAAGCCGCGGUCUUCCUCCUCGAGACGCUCCUCGCGGGCGUUGUCGCGUCCGACCUCUCGUUUGCGCUCGGCGUACUCGAGUCGCUCGACAUGGACCUCCUCAGCGUCGUCGCACGCCCGGUGCUAAGCAGCGUCCUGACCAUGCCACUGUCGACGCCGGACGUGUGGCAGUCGUGGCUCCGUGUCUUGUUGCGCUGCAGCAACGUCCCCGACAUGGACGAUUACGCUACGCUGUGUGUGACGACGCUCGAUGCGAGUGUCGCUGCCGACGUCGCAAGCGCCCACCCGACGCUGAUGCCGCUGCUGACGCUUGUCGCGCACGCGGCCAGCAUCCACGUCGACGCGCCGGCGGCCAUUGCCGUGCUCGAGUCGCUCUUGGUGUUUGAAGCGAGCUUGUACGGCCUCGCGCGCCGCCAUGGCCUGCCCGACACUGACGUGCUCUCGGUUCUCGGGGCCAUGUGCGCGCUGCUGACGCACCCAUCGACGCUGUCGUCCGAACCACUGCGGCUGCAGACGCUGUCGGCCUUGCGCAAGGCGAUGCUCGAGGUGCCGGACGCUACGCUCGCGCCGUCGUCCUGGCUCGCACUGCUGCGGUUCGGUGUCAUGCCGCUCACGGGCGUCGACGUGCCACACCGCGUGAACGACGACGCGCUCGAUGACGCCAGCCACGUGCUGCUGUCGUUUGCGUUGGAAGCGCCUCUGACGUCGCCGGCGACCGUGGCCAUCAUGGACAUGCUCGUGCUGCUCUUUUUACAUCACCUCGACGAGUGGGUCGCCGAUGCCGCCGUCGACUUUGCGACGGCCUGGCAAGAGGUCUUGGCGGUCUGCGCUGUCCAGCUUGCAACCAACGGAAGCGACGCCAACGAAGCGCUCAUCGAACAGCUGCGCAACAUGGUGCACGUCGUGUACGCCGUGUGCCAAGACGAAGCGUGGUUUUUGCCGUCGGUCGCCGACAUUGCGACGCUCUGCCCGCAAGUGGUUGUCUGGGACACGACAACAAGCGACGACGCGGCGCCGAUGCAUGAAGAAGCGCCGCUUGUCGAGGAAACAGCAGCCUAAGCUUAGACGCUCGAGAAAACGCUGUAUGAAAAAACACUGCAUUUGAUUGGCGAUUUGCUUUCACUCCGUGGA